AUGACCUCCUGCCCCAUCGCAAACCUUUCUAUGUUCUCUGCCAUUCACGAAUUCUCCUCCACCUCUCCCUUCCCGUUCAUGAACCCAGCACCCUUUCAUUCGCCAACAAAAGCAUCUCCAGUCAUCCAUCUCGCUAUGCUCGUGCACAGGAUCUUGCUGGCAGGCACACUCGGCCUGCUCGUGCCGCUCGUCUCUGCAGCUCCGGCCCAAGGGGUGGAUGGAGUGAGUGACGCGCAUGUAUUGGGUUGAGCGAAGAGCACGCUGACGUUAGGCGGCUCAAGGUGGCGAGACCCGAAUCCAAGCAUCCAACGCGCAAGUAUCCUCAGAUCACCGAACCUUGGUUGCUCAGCUACAGCGCCACGGCUCAGCACUAUGCAGCCAACAUCGAUGCCCCACCCAUCGUCCAGGCGCGCAUAGACUUUGCGAAGGGUUGCAACGCUGUGCGCACAAAGCUCGGCGUGCGAUUCCCGGGCAACGUCUUCUACUUUGAUGCGCUACGGUCUCGUGCGGCUGGAGAAGACUUGCUCGAAGCCAGCUGCGCAUUGUACGCCAUCACCUGGCACGGAGUGGGCGACGCUAUUGACCACACGCAAGAGGUGAGCGUCAGAGCUGAAGGUGUGACGAGCUGCGAUGACUCACACCGCUCUCACGCUCCUUCGCCAACGCUUGAAUGCAGGUUGCAGACAAGCUGGGCUGGGCCGUCGUGUGAGCUGGGCGACUCUGCGAGGCACUGCGCGUCUUGAUCACUAAUGCUCGCUAGUGCCCAUCCAGCGGCGCCAAUCCCACAGAAGACGAUUCGCCGGGAGAAUCGCAAUUGCAAGGUAAGAUGGACUGUCCGCGAAGCGCAUACGGUGCCGCUCUGCUGACACUCAUCGUUUGACGUGCUCCCUCAGUCUGGCAGUACUCCAAACACUUUGAGGCAGACCAGAACGCAGCAGCAAGAGAUGUUUUGGAGACGUGCGCAGAUGUAGCAGGGGCUCACAGAGAGGGGAAUUGGGCCGCACUCAACAUCGAGGUCAGGUAUCCCAUCGCCUUGAGCUACAGCAUCAACUGCGACGCAUACAAAGUGGAUGAUCCGUAAGUGCAGGCGUCGCCUUGCGCCUUGCGCCACGAGAAUGGAGUCUCACGCUUGCCCACCCAGCAGCUUGUUUGGAACGAUCGACUUGACCAAGCUGGUGCGUCGGCGAGUUCAGCAUUCGGUCGACCAACGCGCUGCUGACCAUGAUCCCCGCGUCGCAGGUGGGACAGGGAUUGCAUUGGACUCCCGUGGCAUAG